CAGAAGGAGCCUCCAAGCCAGGACGCUCCUCCGCUCCCCCCAAUUGGCCACUCCCCUCCCCGACGCCCGCCCUCCCCGUCGUCGUUCCUCGUUCCGAAGUCCGAACCCUAGUGGCCGGCAGCUGCAAGAGGAAAGCACGGCGGCGGAGCUUGCGGGGCAGCAGGGGGCUCCGCGACGGUCGGCGGCGGCCGAGCGCCAGCGUCGAAGGGGCUCCGCGGCCGGCGGGCAUAGCGGCCUACGGCAUCGACUCCAUCCCUCUCCCCUCUGCGCCUUUACCCGUUCUCCCUUCUCUGCUCCGGGCUCAGCACAGGCGCACGGCAAGUCAGCAACUGAGUUGCUGAGUUUCCUGAGCCCGCCCUGCAGGGUGACCCUGAAGCCUGCGCCCUCACGUGCCGGCCUCCACGACCCGCGUUCAGCAGCCCCACAACGACCGCCUCCCUUUUCAUCUCCAUCGAGGCGCCUCACUCCCAGCGGACGCCCAAGGUAGUGCAAUGAAGGUCAAAAUUCUUCAGUGGCAUGCGGUAGCUUCUUGGACGUGGGAUGCACAAGAUGAGACAUGUGGCAUAUGCAGGAUGGCAUUUGACGGCUGCUGCCCAGACUGUAAGUUCCCUGGUGACGAUUGCCCGCUGAUCUGGGGCGCCUGCAACCAUGCUUAUCAUCUUCACUGCAUACUGAAGUGGGUCAAUUCUCAAACAUCUACACCACUUUGCCCCAUGUGCCGUAGAGAGUGGCAGUUUAAGGGCUAAGGCACAAUGACACAUCUGGAGCUGUAUUCUCACCAAGCGGCUUUCAUUUCUCAUUGGAGAAUGCUGUAUUGUUUGCUGAAAAGUAGAAAUCCUGAUUGUCAGCACCUGCUUAAGUGACCCGGUGUAUGCUUCUGACUUUGUGACACAGCAAGUGAAUCACAACUAGGCACCUGCUUAAGUGACACUGUGUUUGUUUAUUCUUAUUGUUUAACUUCUGAAGGAUUCCAAGUGUCAACCAUAGCUAUGCAGUUGAAUGAA